UUGGCAUUCUCAAAUCUCUCUGUCUCUCCCCCUCUCUCUCUUGUCCUCAUCCUUCUUUGAAAUUUGACAAUUGACAAUGAUCUGCUGCUUCGGUUGUUCUUCUGAGUCGAGAACUAAAAAGAAAGAUAAGAGUGAUGUGAUCGGCGAUUUGAGGCUGGACACAGAAGCAGAUGAUCAGGAGAAGAGCAACGAAGAGAUUCUUACGGAUUAUCGUACAUUUUCUUUGAAAGAACAGCAGAGAAUGCUGAAGAAGGCGCAGAAAGAGGAGGCGAAGGCGAGUCGGGAGGCGGAGAAGGUGAUGGAGUGGGUAAAGCAGGCAUCGGCGAGGAUCGAUGCUUCGGUGAUCGAUGAGUUGCUCUCUGAAGAAAGAAAAAUGGAUUGACAGUGUUUUCUCCCCUUUUUUUGUUUUAUUUUGACACAGCACGCGCGUACACGUAAUGUAAAAACAUGCAUGUUUAAUUACUAAUAUGUCUCUGUUCUCUCUGCGGAAGAGGUUUGAGGAUUAAUAUUUAUACAAGCAUAUACUUCCUUAU